UUCACCUCUAUGGGUUUGGCUUUCAAUCUAAUUGGCACCCAGCAAGCUUUCAAUGCCGUCGCCCCCCCUCUCCAUCCUCCAGUCUCUUUCCCCGCGAAUCGCAGUCCUGACUUCCGAAGAUGUAGUUAAAUCAUCAAAAGAGAACGGCUGUGCAGGCCUCCACGAGCUCCUCAGGCCAUGGGAGGGUGGGACAGAGAGAGUUUCGAUAUUAUCAACAACGCUUACACCCACAGUACACCCCACGUUCCCCGUGCGCUUCGUCUCUUAUGACACUGUUUACACAAACCCCCCUCGCUCGGCACCAAGUCCUGACAUACUUGUAGACAUAAUAAGUAGCGUAGUAGGAGCCAAGAAACCCGAGGAUGAACAACACUAUCCCCUGACGCGAUCUCUCCUUCUCUCGUCAAGACCCGUCGCACCGUAUGAAACAUUCAAUCACCCUGUUGGAGUCCUGUUCGCUGUCUCCACAUCCACUCCUGACCCUUUAGGGGCACUCAAUAAGCUUCAUGCAAGAACGAUUGCACCUUCAGCUCAAAGUUUACCUUGGCUAGAUGGACACACAGUACUGAGGUUCUAUGUAGUAGUCCACGAUGUCAGUCAAAUGGGAGACGACAUGACACCUGCGCACGAGCUCCUCGCGAGUGUUAAACGAGCGUAUGGGCCCCAUUCAACUUUACUGGUCAUCAACUCUCAGGUCGACCGUCGGCCAGAACCACCAUCACCCGAUACAUCCACUCACCCUGCCAUCAUCGUCCCCCGCCCAUUCACACCAGAGAAUGUUAAUCCAUCAGCUCUGUCUCAGGUCUAUGCUUCAGCUCUGUCGUCCUUGACACUAUCGCCCAUGUCCGCUACCUCUCCCUCAAUGAAGGAUGACAAUGGCGAACUAAAUGGCUUAGACAAGCCCAGGAAACUGUAUGGGUCAAGACUAACAGCCGAAGAUACCCAACGUCUCGCUGCCCUGGUCCGAGAGCUAGUUGUGCAGAGUCUUGUACCUUGGAUGGAGGCGCGGAUAAGAGAAUGGAGUGAGAUAUAUCACAAUAACCGGCGAGGAAUCACUGGGCGUUUAUUCGGGGCGGGCAGGAAAUUUUUUGGCAGUCGACCCAAUAGUCCAGCUACGAACGCUGUGGGUUACAAUGCCUCUGCAGGUUACUACUCCCUAGCUGCAGUAGAAGCAUUGUCGAGACGUCUGGCCGACUUUGAAUUCAUGCUACGAGAUUAUCGCUCGGCUGCGAACAUUUAUGACUCUCUUCGACGAGAUUUUGCACAGGAUCGAGCGUGGCGGUAUGCGUCUGCUGCCACAGAAAUGUAUGGCCUCUCCCUACUCCUUGCACACUCCUUUUUCUCCCCCUCUAUUCCCCCUACCACAACGCCGAUUCCGUUCACAAACUUGCAGCAUACGGAAAUCACAUCGUGGCUUGAGCAAGCUGUCAUUUCCUAUCACCAGUCUGGGCCGUCCUCGCAGAUACAAAUCGAUGCUCUUCGAAUCACUGUGCUCUAUUACGAAGCUUGGAAAGCUAUUAGAGAAUGGAGAGGCGUCGGGGCCGCGCUGGUCAAGGGUGCCGGGGAGGCGGACGAAGUUCCUAGUGCAGUGUUGAUCGAGGAAGCAGCUGUGGCCGAUACAGAAGGUGGAAAGAGUGGCAAAGGAAAGAGAAGAAGCGCGUUCCAUUUGAUACUGGCAGCUAGGCGGUAUGAGACCGCUGGACUAAAAACGUACUCCCGGAGAUGCCUCGAUCGCGCAUCACAAAUAUAUCGAUCAACCCCAUGGACCGCGGCACAGGAUCGUAUCGAAUAUUCACUUGGUCGACAAGCGUACACGCUGGGAGAAAGCGAUGUCGCCGUGGAGCACUUUUUGAGGUUACUGAAAAAGGAGAACACAGGUGUACCAGGUUCACAAGCUGGUCCUCUGCAGGACAUGGCAUUGGCGUACGAGCAACUGCGUGUCCAUCCGGAACUUCUAGAAUCAUCCAAGGACAGACUCCAGCUACCCACCCCAAUCUUUGAUGUAAAGAAGACGCGCAUUAUAACAUCAUUUUCAUCUUCAUUUGAAUCCGGGCCAUCGAAGGACAACUGGGCACAAUUGGAGGAACAAGCUUUGAGAAGCUGGGACAGAAAAGGGAAGAAACCCUCUAAUUUGCUGCCGGACGAGAAGAGAAAUAUCGUGGGCACAGACGAAUCCUUUAUUGUCGAACUGGUAGCAACCAACCCUAUAAACGCACCCUUGUUCCUUUCGGACAUCGCGCUCGCUUUUAGUCCAUCAGAUAAUAUCACAGUCUCACCUGUCGACGAAAUCACGCUCAAUCCUUACGAAACUCGCGCCAUUUGCGUCAAUGUUACCGCAAAUGGUGCCAUGUCUACAACUAGCGUUAUACGUCUGUUUGGCGUCUCAUUCAGAUUCCAUAAAUUCUUUCCCUGUACCCAGUCUCUCGAAAGAAAGGGAAGACGUCUUCACGCUACCAAAGCUCAUCGUUUAACACCGACCUAUGCUUCAGAUACCUCACUCUCUCUGUCUAUUAUUCCUGAACGUCCUCGGUUAGAUGUCGAUUUGGUGGGCAUCCCAGACAGAGUGUUUGUGGGCGAAGAAGUGGGAGGUAUCAUCAGAGUUAAGAACCCUGGACGGAAGACCGUGAAGGAUUUGAAGAUGAUCUGGACCAAAGGAGUCUUGAUCAGGAGGAAAAAUGAUGCUGAUGAGUCGUCGACGAUGACAAUAUCAAACAGGAUAGAGAACAAUAAACCUUCGAUUUUACUGCCUGAAGAAAUUCCGGCGGGUCAAACAAAGGACAUAGCUAUCAUCCUCAGCGGUUUCAAGCAAGGUCAGAUCAACUUGUUAGGCCUGAUCACUUUUGAAAGCGCAGGCGAUGGGGAGAUAGUUGCGGGCAUAGUGAAAACCUGUAUCAACGUGCAACCCCUGAUGACAUUCAAGACCACGAUCACGCCCAUUGAAGCCAGUGCCAAAGAGCUUGCCUUAGUUUUGGAGGUGAUGAAUGUCUCGUCGACGGAAGUGCGCGUGGAUGGCGUACAUGGCGUUAGUGUGCUGUGGAAUGUGAAAGCCCAUGAAGUUGUGGGAACUUUACUGCCGAAUCAGACGCUUCGCUCGGUUGUCCAAAUCAAGCAAGGAGCCACAAUUGCUGAUCUAUCCCAAACAGCUGUUGUCGAGGCUUUGGCAAAACUCAUCGAAGGUCAAGCACCAGAUGAAAUCGCAGCGGACAUUCAACCGACUGUAUCUCUUUGUUCUGAACUGCCGAUUGAUACUCUACCUCAUUACUUCGCAUCCCGCAAUAUACAUCGUAUCUCCUAUUUGCGAGAGCAAUUUCCCACAAUCUCUGCCGAUUUUCUUCCCGACCUCUUUCCGUUAUUAGAUCCCCUUGAUCUCGAUAUUGUACUAUCGUACACCAUCUGUUCUCCCAAUUCCCUGCGCAAAGGCCGUCUCAUAUCCCACUCUCUACGGCCUGCCCCGUCAUUCUCCAUGGUUGAGUCUCUUCGGCGCGAUGUGGAAGCUGCUAUUGCGGGUGGAUCGAAGCAGACGCGAACGAUGUAUGAGGAGACAGGUCGAUUGAGAAGGGUGCUGAUGGCUAGCGUCUUGGAUGGGUGUUUAGGAAGAGAGGAAGACCCUGUUGAAGUUACUGUCAAGGUUGGAGAGGAUAAUGGGCCGAUUGAGCAUGAUUUCAAAAUGGGUGCUUGCAAGGUCCCAGUGGCAUUUACCAUCCACAACCGGUCUCCCAUCCUUCCCAUACGUUUCAUUCUCUACUUACCAUCCCCGUCACCUUCUAUCCCAUCUAUAGCUUCUGAACCGUCAGCUCUCAUUCCGGCUCGAUUUAUCGGCAAUCUUAUCUUUCGCGGCACCUUGAAAUCUGGCGAGACUCAUGUCCUGAAUUCGGCCGUCUGGGUCUAUAUAGCGGGUUUGAUGAGCUUGAAUGGCUGGAAUUUGAUAGUUGAGACUGGAGAGAUAGAGGUGGAUACAGCAGGAUGGAUACCGAGGAAAAUUUGGAGUAAAAAGGGAUCAGAGAAAGUUGUUGAGAUAAGAGGAUUAUGAGCUAUUUUAAUGAUUAACGAGAAUGUAUCUAUGUGAUGCAGACGCCGUUCCUCCGUCCUCAGACUCAGGCUAGUCGCAAAUUCUACUAUUACCUCCUUUUGCGUAGGACAAACUGCCCUAAAUGCUCACAGAACGCGUCGUGUGAGAAAACGGCAGACGAAUGCUUAACAGAUGUGUGCAAGGAGGCACUUGGAUGGCCCCAUAGCACUAUUUGCGAUAGCAUUGACAGUGGUGGAAUUUUGGUACAACAGUGAUCUCGUUGGUGAUAUUGGUGGUCAGUCAGGAGUGCUGUUUUAGUCUAUGAUUUUGCUGCAAGGUUAGGUGAAAAAGAGGAAAAGCGAGGUAGCUAUAGUUCAUUUUUCGUUGAUUAGCAAACCCCCCCUCGUGCGAAUGUACUUCUUGUGAGAGCGCCAGCCACCUGCUGGCCAAAACAAG